AGCCUGUGGGGCAGUCAGUCAGUGGUGCGGCGUGAGCUGAGACUGAACUCUAGAUGCUAAAAAUAAUUUUCUUUUCCAGAUAUAUAAUGCAAAAAAGAAAAUCCAAAAAGGGAAAGUGAACGAAAUCGUUGAUAAUGGUGAACAGAUUCUUUCUUGCUAUUUGCGAUCCCAAGAAUAAGCAGUAGGAAGGGAGGAGGAAAAGCACCGCGAGCGAGAGAGGACGAUGCACUAGCCGCGGUGCCGCAGGGCCUGCAACGGGAGAGGCCGAGGGACAUGAACGAGCUCGAGUGUCGCUGGCCCGGAAAAUAAAAUGGCACCGGAAGGGACCUGAGACGCCGCCCAUCUCGCGCGGCCAUGUAAGCCUUCGUGGGCGGGGAUGUGGCUAGUGUAAGCAGCCGUCGACGCCUCACGAGUUAUGGGCGGCGGCGCGACACAGCCGCCCGAAGGAGCAGCACCCGCAGCGCCGUCGCCGUCGCCUGCGAGCGCCAUGAGCCGCAGCUGGCCGCCCGCGCUCACCGCCUCCCCCGGGGUGCUGAUGGUGGUGGGCGGCGGCGGGGGCGCUGAGCCUCCCUCCCUCCCGCCGCCCGACGGCGGCGUGGCAGGGGGGGAGGCCCCGGCGGGCUGGUGGCAGGAGUGGGCCAACGACUCCGCCGAAGACAACUCGACCCUCGCGUUCGGGGGCAAUCUGAGCCUGCACCACGGGGGCGGGGGGGAGGGCGACGACGCCCUCUCCGCGCAGCUGGCCGCCUCCGCCGUCACCGCCCUCAUCCUCGGCGUCAUGAUCCUCGCCACCAUUGUGGGGAAUGUAUUCGUGAUCGCCGCCAUUCUUCUGGAGCGAAACUUACAGUCAGUCGCCAACUACCUCAUACUUAGUCUUGCUGUGGCUGAUCUGCUCGUUGCUGCACUUGUGAUGCCUCUGGGGGCUGUCUAUGAGGUGAGCAAGGAGUGGACGCUGGGCCCCGAGCUUUGCGACAUGUGGACGGCGUCGGAUGUCCUCUGCUGCACCGCAUCCAUCCUGCACCUGGUGGCCAUCGCUCUCGACAGGUUCUGGGCGGUGACCAACGUGGACUACAUCCACCACCGGUCGCCGCGGCGCGUGGGCGGGAUGAUCGCCGCCAUCUGGAUCGUGUCCUUCCUGGUGUCGGCGGCGCCCAUGAUGGGCUGGAAGGACCCCGAGUGGCACGACCGCCUGGCCGAGAAGAUGUGCAUCAUCUCGCAGGACGUCGGCUACCAGAUCUUCGCCACCAUCACCUCCUUCUACCUGCCGCUGCUGGUGAUCCUCAUCCUGUACUGGCGCGUGUACCAGACGGCCCGGAAGCGCAUCCGGCGGAAGUUCGGCACCAACGCGCAGUCGGCGUUGUGCCGCGGACCCAUCACCAUCAGCGAGACCACGACCUUCGCGCGCAUGGCCACGCAGCCGUCGCCGGAGAAGACGUCCAACGGCAGCACGCUCAACGGCCACCCGAUGGACGCCAGCCGCGAGGACUCGACGUCGGGCAGCCAGGCGGCCAUCACGCACGUCCUCCCGCGGCAGCUUCGCCGGCGGGAGGGCGAGCUCCGGAAGGAGCGCAAGGCCGCCAAGACGUUGGCCAUCAUCACGGGCGCAUUUGUUAUGUGUUGGCUGCCCUUCUUCAUCCUGGCCGUGCUGAUGCCCCUGUGCCCCCUCACGUGCAACUUCAACCCCUACCUGAUCGCCACCUUCCUGUGGCUGGGCUACUUCAACUCCACCCUCAACCCCAUCAUCUACACGGUGUUCAGCCCCGAGUUCCGCAACGCCUUCAAGAGGAUCCUGUGCGGACGCAAGCGGACGCUGCAGCGCCAGACGACGCGCUUCGCCGCCGUCCGCUUCACCAGAUCCUAGCAGCGCGGGGUGUCGAGGGGGACCCGCUGGAGGCGCGGGGGGCCGGACCCCUGCUCCGCCACGAGUCUCGGGCUCGCCGCCGCCACGCAGGUGGCCAGCCUGCCGCCGAUCUCCGAGUCGGCGCUGUGAGCGGCCGCCGCCGGGACCUGCGGCGCUCAAGCUCUCCCCUUCGACACCUCACCAGCUGCUCGCUUGCUUGCGGGCGCGCGAACUCUCUUCCGUGUUUAUUGUGUACAGGCUGUUAUGUGUGUAAAGAAAACUAUACAAUAUAUAAAUGCUUAUAUUAUAUUAUAUAUGUAUAUAUAAAUAUAGAUAUAAAUGUUUCUCUGUGGUGCUGUACUUCUGUAAGCGAUAUUUGAUGACCAAAUGUUUACCCUGUAAGGAAUCAUGACUUGUGACGUGUGCGGGAGGAAGCCGCGAGGAACUGAAACAAGGACAGCUUUUUCCUCGCGGUCUCCUCCGGGCGAGUCGGCCGGGCCGCCCGCAUGUUUGCUGCUGCUAAACGCCUUCCCUCCUUCCCAAGAUCUCUCACAGAUGCCUCGACAAUCACAUUUAUCACGAAUUUCUGCCUAUAUAUAUACACACAUACACACUUACACACACACACACAA